AUGCAUGGGGUACGUGCUGAAGGGCCACUGAUGGCCGAAUUGUCAAAGAAAACAACGAUGAUAACUUUUCGUCACUUUAUAAAUAAAGCCGAGGAGUAUAUCAAUCAAGAAGAAGCCAUGGCUGCCUUGAUGAAGUCCCAAGAAAAGGUUACCCAGCAGGAGGAGACCAAGCGAAAAGAAACUCGUAGAGAGAAGAAUGAUACAAGAGUCCCACCAGUAAACUCAGGGAGAAGGCAGGAGAAAGCAUCAAAGUGGUCGGAUAGCUUAGCUCCCAAACCAAGGAAUGACUCCCAGCGGAAGCUCGGUAAAUUUACUCCGUUGAAUGCCAGUAUGACCGAAGUUUUGACGGAGAUUAGAAGGGACCCCAACUUCAAAUGGCCGACCAGAAUGAAGGGUUCGGCAUCGAAGCGAGACCGUAGUAAGUUUUGCCAGUACCACAAUGAAGCGAGACACUUGACGGAGGAGUGUAUGAGAGAGACCGAGGAAGAGACCACCAGCAACCGCUACUGCUUGAGGGGAACCGAGGAAUCGCCGAGGACUGAAACCAGAGGCCAAGCUCAUAACCGGCAGGCAGAGCCGAGGACUGAUCGGGAUGCUCGACCCCAAGCUGGGAAUCAUGAUGUGAUAGGAGAGAUCCUAACCAUUUCCGUAGGAAUAGCUGGCGGAAGGGAGUCUAGCUUCGCAAGAAGGGCUCAUGCCAGAAAGGUGCAGACCGAGGAGAUUUACUUCCUUGAAAGACCAACCAAGGCCCAGAAGCAAGAACUCGUGGUUUUGUCAUUCACCGACGAGGAUGCUAAGGGGGUAAUGAUGCCCCAUGAUGAUGCGUUGGUAGUGACCGUAACGGUAGCCAACCAUUUGCUCCACCGAAUAUUGGUAGAUAACAGAAGUUCAGCUGACAUCCUGUAUUGGCCAAUUCUCAAACAGAUGGGAAUAGAUCGUAGUAGGAUCGCCCCAUUUGGUUCUCCAUUAGUCGGAUUUGCGGGAGAGCAAGUACAACCAGUCGGGAUUAUUUCGCUUCCCGUGACUGCAGGAACAGCUCCCAGGCAAUCAACUGUUAUGGUGGAUUUCUUGGUAGUCGACCGACCAUCAGCUUACAACGCGAUAAUUGGUCGGCCAACUCUGAAUAAGUUGAAAGCGGUAACUUCAACUUACUAUUUGAAGAUGAAAUUUCCAACGGAAGAAGGUGUUGGAGAAGUCAAAUGA